AUGACUCACCUUGAGACAUCUGUGGAAGUACCGGCUCCUCAAUCUGGGACUAUUGUUGAGCUUCUCGUGGAAGAUGGAGCGAAGGUCACAGCUAAGCAGAAACUGUACAAACUUGAACCUGGUGCAGCUGGUGCUAGUGCUCCUGCUAAGGAAGCUCCAAAGGCGGAAGCUCCUAAAGAAGCGGCUAAACCAGCGGAAGCACCACCUCCUCCCAAGCCAGCUCAGGAAGCAGCAGCACCUACACCACCACCACCUACUCCACCAUCACCUCAUCCACCGAGCGUGCCAGGUGAAAUUCCGAGAACACCUCCUCCGGUCUCGCGCCCGCCGUCUGCCCCCAUAUCCUCGGUACCUGUUGCAAGCAUCCCCGUUCAACGUGUUACUGUACCUGCUGGUGCCUCUAAAGAUAUGGCAAUCACAGGUGCCAGGGAAGAGGUUCGUGUGAAAAUGAAUCGAAUGAGGCUACGCAUUGCCAGUCGUCUGAAGGAUGCUCAAAAUACAUACGCAAUGUUGACAACUUUCAACGAAAUCGAUAUGAGGUGA